AUUGGUCACGCAGAUACAAUAAGGAAAACAAGGAAAUUAAUGCAUGAUCACAAUGAAACCGCGCUGCCACUACUAAAAUGCAGUUGUGUGUACUGUAUCUCGUUUUACUUUUAAAUGCCUGUUGCAGUUUGGUCUCCUGCUUGUACUUGUACAUGGGACAUACAGAGACAAAAUGUUUUCUUAAAGACGUUGCUAUGGAGACUAAAAUAGUCGGGAACUAUAGGGCCCAGUUGAAAGAAGGCCACCUACCUGCCCCACAGAUCUUGGGAAUGUUGGUUGAUGUCAAAGACCCCGAUAAAAGGGUGAUUCUGUCUCGUCAGUACGGCUCUGAGGGAAGAUUCACCUUCAUGUCCCAAACUCCUGGAAAACACCAGAUCUGUCUCCACUCCAACUCCUCCUCGUUUGCCGUGUCCCCUGAAGACAUGCUGUGGGUGCAUCUAGACAUCCAUGUGGAGAAGAAGAGCCUCAAGGAUAGGCUGAAUGAACUGCAGCACAAGAUCGAAAUGCUAACGGAGCAGGUUAACCAGAUAAAUCUGGAAAUUAACUACCAAAAGUACCGUGAGGAGCGCUUCACACAGACCAGUGAGAGCACCCUUAACAGAGUGUGGUCCUCCAUCCUUUGCACCCUCAUGGGCAUAGUGGCCAUUGCUGUCCUGAAUUCGAGAACAUUCAAAAGUCUAAACGUCAUUGAAGCCCAGGAUUCUCAGACGUUUUUGAAACCAGACAUUUUCAUCAAUCUCAAACCCAAAGAAUUAAUUAUUCCAAAGUCUGCUUCUUCUCAUGUUUCUUAUAUCCGAUUGUAAUAAAUUAAAUUGAGCUUUGUUAUUCAAUAAAGGAAAUAAAUGUAUGUAUAUUUUA